AUGGAGGCAAGUUGUUGUCUUUCCUCCAUUUUCACCAUGCCAGCUCGGCUCCUCUUCUUGGGCCGUAGGGUUGGGGCUCUGGCAAUCUGCAAAAUUAGGGUCAUCGUCUUCAUCCUCGAUGGGGAUUGGGACGGGGACAGCGGUGAUGGGGAAGGCAGAGGAGGAGACGUUGACGUUGACCGCAGGGGGAUUGCCCCAGAUCUUGGACGAGAUUUCGAAGGUGGCCUGUUCGUGGGGGCUCUUGAAGGUGUAUUCUUUGCCGGAGCCGAACUUGUUGACGACGUUCCGGUACUUCUUCUUGAGGCGCCGGAGCUUCUCGACGAGCUGAUUCUUGUUAAAAUCGAGCUGGAAUUUGCUCCUGAUCUGGUCGUAGAAGGCGGUGGUGUCGUGAUGAUGCUGGGAGGAGCCGUGGGGCCCACGGUGCAGGCUUGUCUCGAUCUCGUCCUCAUCAGUCCACAGGCGCUGGAAGAGCUUGCGGGACUCGUCCGGUGGGACCUGCCUUUUGGCGAUGACGAUUUCCAGCGUCUGCUGCUGCUGCUGCUGCUGGUGGCGGCGGCGGCUCAGGUGUGGAUCGGGGAUUCCGGGGACGGCGAUCGUGACCUGGGCGUCGGAGGUGGAUGGGGGAUGACGAUCGACGGCGAGGGCGGCGGAGGAGGCGGAGUCGUCUUCAUCGUGAUCGGAGAAUUCCUCGUCGUCGAGGAGAUCCUCGUCGUCGUUGAAGUGGCCAGGGACGGCGGG